CAAUCUCCGGGCAGGAAUUCACUCGUCCAGCAGUUGUGUGUCAGUUCUUGAUCCGAGUGUUCGGCCUGCGUUAAAAAAAAAUACGAAAGAACUGUGGAUGCUGUAAAUCAGAACCAAAACCAGACGGUGCUGGAAAAACUCAGCCGGCCUGUGGAGAGAAAUCAGGGUUAAACUUUUCGGGUCCUCAGAACACAGUCGUUUGGAUUCUGGGUGGCGAACACUGACAGAAGAGACUGGAGGAGAAGAUGGAUGUUAACUCCAACAGUUUAUAUGAAGUAAGCAUGGAAUUGGAUAAAGAAGAAUUGGGGGACUUGAAGUUUCUGUGCACUGAUCACCUGCAAGCGGGCAAGGGGAUAGCCAGUGCACAGGAUCUGUUCAGAGAACUGCAGCAACAAGACUUGGAUAUUAUCCCUGAACUCCUGUAUCAAAUCCAACGCUUUGACUUACUCAAUCUUCUUGGAAAACGGAAAGCAGACAUAGAACACCUUUUUCAACAACCUGAAAAUUCCAAGAUCUCAUAUUACAGAGUGCUGCUAUAUAACAUUUCGAAAGAGAUUAAUGGUGAGGAGCUCAGUAACAUAAAAUUUAUACUGCAAGUAGCCAAGGGGAAAUCUCAGGAUAUGAAGAAUUUUAUGGAUGUCUGCAUUGAUCUGGAAAGGAAGGGACAACUAGCACCAGAUAAUCUAUAUGUCCUCCUAAAUGUCAUGAAGGAAAUCAAAAGAAUUGAUCUAAAGCGCAAACUGGAAAAAAUUCAAGACAUAACUGUUACACUUCCACAACAAGAGAGCAGGAGCCAAGCAAAAGAGCCUCGCCAAGGGAUGUUCCCUGAAGUCAGCUGUCAAGCUCAGACUGAUGCCAAACCAAUUGAUUCAAAAGGAACUGAGAAUCAGCAUGAACCUCAACCACAGACAUCCACUGUAGGAACACAACAAAUUACUGUGGAAGACCCAGCUGUAGAGAAGCCUUGUCCCCAGCAAGGAGGAGGUUCAACUACAGAACGCAAUUUAAAUUCCAUUGGCAAUCUGCACACGGCUGUGGAAAAAUUAAGAUUGGAAUCAACAUCAGCAGAAACCUCGAGAACCUCCUCAGUGAUUGCAACAUCCUCCCUUCCUCGACACAUCUCGACACAGACAAGUUCACAGUCAGACACAAGUCAGACCAACAGCCAGCAGCGCAUUGAAGUAUACAAAAUGGACAGUGAGCCACGUGGAAUCUGCUUAAUAUUGAACAACAAAUUGUUUCCUGGAACAAACUUGAAAGAAAGAACGGGGACAGAUUGUGAUGCAGAAAAGCUAACUCAAGUGUUUGAAAUGUUGGGAUUUAACAUAGUCAGAGAAGACAACUUAACAGUGAAACGUAUGGAAGAAGUACUGCUCACGUAUCAAACGUUUGAUCAUAAUGAUUGUUUUGUGUGUUGCAUCCUCUCACAUGGUGAAAAAGAUGCAGUUAUGGGAACUGAUGGAGAACUUCUUCCUAUCAAGAAGAUCAGGUCCAUUUUUUCAGGGUCUCAGUGUUGCUCACUGCUGGAGAAACCCAAAGUCUUCUUUAUACAAGCAUGUCAAGGCCAAGAUUCACAAACAGCAUGCCAAGUGAUAAACUAUUUCACAAGCAGCAGCUCUGAGCUUGAAACUGAUGCAAUGACAUAUUCCAUCCCAGAGGACAGAGAUUUCCUGAUUGGAAUGUCUACUGUUGCUGAUUGUGUUUCCUACAGGACGCAUAAAGGCUCCUGGUUCAUUCAAGAACUGUGUAACUGCUUGGAAGAAUUAUGCCCCCAAGGAGAAGACCUGCUUACAAUUCUGACCGUAGUGAAUCAGAAAGUAAGUGAAAAACAUCAAAGCAGGAAGCAAAUUCCGGAGCCAAGAUUCACCCUAUCCAAGAAGUUGAUCAUUUUGCCCCCUUCUAAAAGGAAUUUAAACAGCUGAUCCAACUUCAGCCACAGAGGAAUGAAUGUCUGUAUUUGAUAUCUCAGGAGGAAAUUCAGCAAACUAGUUUGACUUUAAAAUGGGUCUGUCAUUAAAUGUCAGCAGUACCUGUAACUGUUUACAAACAUAACAAGUGUAUAAAUUUUUCAUCUACCUGUUUAAAUCUUUUGUAAUUAUAAGUCUGGAACAGGUGGGACUUGAACCCUUCUGGUUCAGAGGUAAGGACACCAUCUUACCUCCACAACAGCCCUCCAUAUCUCAAAUGUAACCUAGAUGGACCUAUCAAAUCACUCAAACUAUUAAUAUGAUGAGGAAAAUUCUGCUUAGGUUCUGUGGAUGCUGUAAGAUUUCCAUGCCAUUAAUCGUUGUUUUGAAAAUAAACUGAUUUUAAUG